UGUCAUUUUCUUUUUUUUCUAUUUUUUUAAUUCGCUAUCUAUCAACGUGGAAAACGGAAGCGAGAGUCUGCGCGUGGCACGCAAUCUGCGAGAGCUGUAUUUGUAUGUAGCAUUAAAGGAAGCCAUUUACGUCACUUCGUCGACAGAGCUGUUUCGAAAUGAUAAUAACAUGGAAAUUAUGCGACUUCAUCUUUCUUUCUCAGUGAAAAUGUACAAUGCGCGGACAAUUUCCGUUUUCUAGCGCAAGAGAGACGAAGUCUGUUUUAAUCACAGCAAACGCAAUAUAUGAGAAUAUUCCAGUGCCUCAUUUGCCAGAUCAAAGCUAUCUCCUUUUUUUUCUUUUCUUUUUUAUUUUUUUUUAAAUGUGGAUCGCAUAAAAUUAUUAGACCGUUAUAAAUUGAUUAGGAAAACGUUUUCUGUAAUUCGGUCAAUUUAUAAUAGUUCUCAGGAAUUAGCGUUGGGGCAGCUCUCGUGCGAGCGGUGAUGUGAUUUCAGCGAGGGCGUUUGUCGGUAUGCGCCGGUACGAAAACGACUUCUUGUCGACAGCCGGAUCGCGCGGGCGACGUCGGCGGCGUAAUGCAUGUCGACGUGGACCCCGGAGGGCGGCGUAUACGCGCUUCUCUCAAAAUAGCUCUUCGUAUACCCGCGCCACCCCGCCGUUUCUCGUGACGCCUUUUCGGGUCGCGCUUAGUUACCAUCUCUCGAGGAGAACUGGCAUCACCCAGUAUCGUAAGCACCGCGAUAAACCGACGACAUGUGCACCGGCCGACUGCGAAGGAGGCGCCCGUGGAAUGUAUACCGUCCGUCAAGUGGACUCCCAAGAGGAUAUCGACCACGCGUUCGAAUAAUCGUGGCCGUUUAAUUAUGAUCUGUACCCCGAAGACUGACACGAAGCCGCCCAAUGGUCGCGUAGCCCGUUCGGAAUCGCCCCCGCCGCUCUCUUCUCGAACGCCGCGCUCCAAAGAAGACUGACGUCCGCUUCAGAAUCGAUUUAAGCUGUCAGGAUACUUGUAUACUAACUGGACGCUCAAACGUCUCUGAUCGAGCCAUAAACAAUCCGUUACUUCGCGGAAGUUUGAGUCUUCGUUUGAUCCUUGGAUGCUUGGAUGUGUGUAAAACGUAUGCGAGUCACUCAGAGAUAAUUGAUCCGUUGCCUUUUAGAUCGUAUGUGCUAAAUAAUUUCACGCUCACGUAAGAUACCCCGAAUACUCUCGACUGCUGGAGAUUACCGAGACUGAAUGGCUUAUAACUGAAAUUUUUGGGCCCCUCGGUACACCGAUUUUUGUACCGUGACAAUAUACCAUUUCGCCUGACCGUGCACUAUUAUUGCGCACAAUUAUUGCACUGGUGACCGUCGAGCGUAUGAAAAAUACUAUCUUAUUCCACAAAUAAUAUUCUUAGUGCGACCGUACGUUGCUCCAAAUUUAUAUCGUGCUAAUUUUACACAUCGUCGCUCUAUAUUGCUCACUUUGUUGCCUUACGAGAGAUGAAAACCGCGGUGAUUGCAACAAUCGCACAAGUAUUGUGUAACACGCAAUGAUGCGCUGACACAUAGAUAAUCGUUUCGCACAAGAAAAAUAUCUAAUACGCAGAGAACAAUUGAAAAGGAACGUUUACUAUGUCACGUCGAAGUUGACGAAGUCUCCUUUAGGUAUCGGCGCUAAAAUUUUGCGACGUUAAGGCGGAAAGAAAUUCACUCGGAUAGUUCUCGAACAUACGGGAACCCGAAAAUAGAUCGGUGGCGAUGCAAUGCCGCAGUAUUACCAUCCUUCCCGGAAAAACUACGCCACGGACGAGAUUGUGAAGCACGAGUGGCUCAACUCUUAAAUAGACAUCAUUAUAUAAGAUUUCUUUUCAAUAUAUUGCGGAAUCGAACGGGGCAGGCGGAUGAACGGUCACUACGGGUGUUGCACGUAAUCGCCGGCAUUUUGUGUACGUUCGAGAAGCGAGAGAGACUUGAAAUCCAUGAACAGAAGAAGGGUACGGACGAAGAGAGAAUCAUCGCAUCAUCGUCUCCUUGGUAGGGACGAGGAGAGGGCAGAUCGCUCGGACGUGUUCUCCUGGCAGCAGAGCCGAUUGGAUAACAAUAAUGUCGUGCGGUGGACGAAGGCACGGCGGAGGCUGAGGGGGCAGAGGGGCGCGAGAUGUACGGACGUCAGGAUAAAACGGGCGACGGUAGCUCGAGCCAGGUGCCACCGUGGCUCGUGCGCGCCGAAGUCACGAUCCGCCACGGCGACGCGGUGACCUCCGAGACCGUGCAAAUGCCUCCGGGUACCACCACUACCACUGACGCGGGCGGCAUCCGCAUGAUAUGCCGCUGGAACACGAGCGAACCGAGCUCGACGUCAACGCCGACAUCAGCCGCCGCCGCCACCAACGCGUCCAACGCGUUUCUGUCAUCGGGUAGCAGUACCGCCGGCGGCUUCGGCUUUCAACGGGGCAAUAUACUCUUUACGUCUACGCCGCCCGAGAGGCCAUCUCAGAUAUCGUCAAGCAGAUCUUAUACUCUGCCGCGCUCAGGCUCGUCUAAUAACGAUGACUCUAUCUCGUCCAGAGGCCGAGCGAAUGUUUCCGACUCCGGCUACAACAGCGAACAGUUCUCGCCGCACACGUACUCGUCCUUGCCCGUGCGACGCCCGUCCCAACAGUACAAUCGUCGAUGUAAGAGCACGUGCAAUAUCGUGCUUUCCACCGCGGGUGCAAAUAAGCCGAAUUUCGAAGAGGGCCUUAAGAAGGCCACGUCCACCGAAUCCUCCAAGGCUCCCCCUUCCGUCGACCAGUGGCACCAUCGAUCCUCGCAUCAACACGUUUUUUCGCGUCAUCAGUUCAGCACGGUUCCGGAGGUUUGCGAGGACUGUGCGGAGGGAAGCGCGUCGAGUGCCUUCACCACGCACUUUUGUACUCGCGUCGCGGAAAAGACGGCGAACAGCAGCAGAACCACUGCGGUAAGCAAAGACGCUGCAUCGCAAACCACCGACAUCGAAUCGGUGCGCUCGUCGUCGACUGUGAGGAGCAGCAGAACUGGGAGGAAGACUGGCACUGGUGCUUACCAGCUUAGCGAGCAGAAAAAGGAGGAUAUACGAUCGCCCCCGGCGUCAGUUGGGAAUGCCAGUACCGGUCCCCCGGCCGAUCCAGACAAAUCGGAUUCAUCUGCGAAAGAGGAUAGCAGCAAGCGCAAAUCGCGGACGGUACAUAUCGACGUGUACUGCACAGGAUCCGAGGAUGACGCCAGCACAGAUACGAUUAGCGAGGACGAGCGCAGCACGCCCAUGACCGUCUUUGAGAAUGAGGACGUCAAAGUUACUCAUACACAAGCAACGGACGACUUGCCGCGAGGAUUUCGAGAUACAAACGCGUUUCUGAAGAGCAGCAUCGAGCGACGAUGCGCGAGUUUCAGAAACGCGCCGAUGAGGAUGCCCUCGUUGGCCAGCUCGAAGGGCUACGACAGCGACGAGGUUUUGAGUUCCCUUUACCCUUCGCGAUUCAGCUCGUACAGCGGGAUACGGGACCUUGAUUCCGUUCCGUGGUCCACAGUAUCGUCCAGUACGGGUCUUUCAGCAUGCGAUUACGAUUCGACGACCAUGACAUCGUCGAAGGACACAUUCUCCGACAUCGAAUCCCUGAUCAAUAAUAAAUCUGGCUUGACGCCUUGUGACAGCUUUGAGUACGCCAAUACUGCGGAUCGCGAUAGAAUACAAAAAAUGGAUAUUCUGGCAAAAGCUAGUAAAGAGAAAAACAGAACCUGGCGAUCGCCGCAAAUUGAACGAAAGCAUUUGCUACAGAACCGAAAAAUGAGGGAGUAUUUUAAGAAACACGAGUUAAAUUGGUCGUCUGGAGAAAGUGCCGAGGAUUCUGACGAGAGCGGUGCAGUCGGUUGGAGUUUCGUGUCCGGCGAUGACAAAUCACGAUUUGUUAAAAGAGAUUCGGUCGGUCGCCGUACGAACAAGGGUCAACUGGAGGAAUCUUAUGCGACUAAUUUAAGCUCGGAGCAUAGAAAUGCUCAAGAGGAGCGCUCUCAGUUUGCAGCACACAGAGAUUACGUUCCGUAUACGAAUGUUUUACGCGAUCGUAUCGGUCCUUUUGGAUCAAAGAGCCCAUCUCCCCUUCCUUCUACCAUACCUUCCCGUGUAACGUCUCCCUUCACUACGCCUUAUGGAGAAAGAACUGAUCAUAUCAUAAAAGCCUCAAGAUUUGGAGCGGUAAUCAGCGCGUUUCGAAAGCCUGGACAUCAUAUAGGUCCCUCGAAGAAUCCGACGUGUUCGUGCGAGCAUUGCCGCAGAUACUUUGAAGACCAAGCGAGAGAACGGUCCUGUUCGCUGAGCGAACUUGAACGUCAUCCGCGUUUCAAAUCGCGAAAAAAGAGUGACAUCUGAUUUCAUUAGCUUCUGAGGAUUUUUAACAUAUUGAUACUUUAGGUUUUACAAAACGACAAAUGCUUUCCACUUGGUUUAUUUAUGUUGUAAGAUUUGUAUGCAUAAAACAAAAUGAACUGCGUUCCAUUGCGUUCAUGGCGAUUGAGGACAUUGUAAACUUGUAUAUUGUGAUAUUUGUGUGUGCUUAAUUUAUAUUAUAUUUAUACUUAUAUUAAAGUAUUCCAUGUACUCUAUACAUAGCCUUUUUUAUCUAAAUUAUUACAAGGGCUGCUAAAAAACACAUUCUGCUGAAAAUUGAGCAUUUAUAAAAAAUUAAUAAAGAUGUAUUAUAUUGAUUGCAUCGUUAAUAAAUAUUAUGUCAGACAUCA